AUGGAAAAUGUUCAUUGUUCUCCUGUACAAUAUAUGGCGGUAAAAAAAGCUGAUUAUGGAGAUUUUAAUAUUGGUGGUAGAUUUUAUAUUGGUACAAAUAUUGAUACGAAUUGCAGCAUACUAACCAAUUGUCAGGUGAAAUCUUUUUGUGGUGGCAAGAGAUCCUGUGAACUCACUAUUGACAAUAAUUUACUACCAUCACAAUAUUGUUCUGAUACUUCAAAAGAAAUGUACACCGAGUACAAUUGUGAGGAUAGCAAUAGCUCAACCACUAUAACUACAGGUAAACUGGAUACUCUAAAACGUAUGAACACUUAAUUUACAGCAGCCAGGAUGCAUUAUAGGUUAAUAAAUACAAUAAUCUUCUACUGUAUAACGCAAUGGAAUACAUGCAGUAUACAGGACGUCUUGCAAUGGGCAGGCGAUAGUGUGGUAACCAACGUAGUUGCAAUCGUAAAGGCUACAUAAUAUGGUGCCUAUAAUUAUAGUGAUAGAAAGUUUAUAAGUAAAUAAAAAUGCGGUUAAAACCAGUCGAACUUCAUCCUUAUCGAUUGUCAAUCCAAUAAUGCUGGAUAACUCCCUGCUCAAACCAGUUCGACAUGUAUGACCAGCUAAUAGUGUUGGUUACAACAUUGUCAAAUCCGUUUGAAUAUUAAUAAUGUUUCGUAACGGUGGCUGAUGUUGUUAAAUGGAGAAACAGGUUUGACAUCUUUCUGAACUUUCGUCCAACAUCUUUCGAACAGACCCUAUUGUUCAACCUGUCCUGCCUUGUUAACGAUUGUAUGAAUUCAAGUAUUUAACAGUUUCAAAGUAAUAAAUAUGCUCUUUAAUUCAUUGCUUUCUACUUCAGCGCCCAAUAUUAGAUUAUCACAGUCGCCAAAUGAAGGUUAUAUCGAAAUAAAACAUGGCUCAACUUGGAAGUCUUGGAGACAAGUUGAAGAGAAACAUUGGGGUAAAAUUCGCCAGAAAAUGCUAUGUCGGCAUUUGGGAUUUAAAGAAACGGACGCGAAUGAUAUUAAUUUUCAUGGACUUAUCCUUGCCAUUAUGAUUGUAACAGGGGACUUGAUAUGUUAUAACACACACUCAGGUGAAACAUCCUGUUGUGUUCAUCUUAAACCUUAUGCAACUAAAUUUUUUGUUUCGCUGCCAUAUGCAAGAUGUAAGUAUUGAUGUUUUACAAAUAAUUAGCUACACACGUAGAAGCUAUGUUUUUUACAUCGGUUUGUCUGUCUGUCUGUCUGUCUGUCUGUCUGUCUGUCUGUCUGUCUGUCUGUCUGUCUGUCUGUCUGUCUGUCUGUCUGUCUGUCUGUUUGUCUGUCUGGUUGGUUGGUUGGUUGGUUGGUUGGUUGGUUGGUUGGUUGAUUGUUGGUUGGUUGGUUGCAUGCUGAUUGCGUAUGCGUCGAGUUAAAUAGUUUAAUACGAAAUUUGCGGAAAUAAUGUCCGUUGGCCAAAAAGACAAAUCGAUUAAAUCUUGGUUCAAUUCGCUGAAAAUAUUUCUUGCUUUUUAAUACUGAAUAAACCUGGAAUGAGCAAUUCAUGCUUGACGUGCAAAAGUAUGCAGUUCGGGAGUUCCCUCUAGUUGUACAUGUUUUCAAAUCCUGGUAGCCUUCUACCAACACGAAGGGAAAUCAACAGCAAUUCUUUAUUACUUUUGCUGUAGGCAAGAUAUGCGAUAAUCCAAUACUCCAGGACCUAACUGCCGCAUGGACAGUUUCUGGCAGUGGUUCUCAAAAUUACAGUAGAUCGUUGUUUAAUAGUCUUGGGUGGUGUGCCUCGGGUUCUUCACCAUAUCUUAUGCUGGAUCUUCGGAAAGAAUAUCAUGUAACACGAGUUGUGACUAUGGGCAAUAAAGAUCAAACAAAAUGGAGUGAGUCAUAUUCAUUGAAGUACAGUUAUGAUAAAACUUUGGUGGACGACAGUAGGGCAGUCCAGGUAUUUGAAAUGAUUCUGAAAUUUGCCGGACCAUUAUGGGAAUAAUUUGAUUUCGUUUGCAUUUGAAGGUAAUUCAGACUGACUAUACAGUUGUAACGCGACAAAUGAAUUAGUUUUUCUUCAAUUGUAAAGUCUGUUUAUUGAAAUCCUUACCCGCAAUCUUUAACAUGAUUUGCGGCUUGUGAAAUCUGGAUAAUUUACAGAAGUUUGACAUGCGCAUUGUAUCUGUCUUGUCCUAGCACCAUCUGUCUGGCUCUUCCAGAUUCAUAAGAGAAAGAAGUUUGAAAUACAUUGUAACCGUACUUUUCAACAACGUAAAGUGUUUAUAGUGUACAUUUGUGCAUACGGUAUACUAGAUUGUUGUACAAUAGUUUCUUGGUACAAAAUUAACUUGCUCAAAUCGGGCUUUUUACUAAUAUUUGAAAUGACUUUAAUUAUUUUUUAGAUUAGCGGAAACCAGAAUGGUUACCAAGCGUCCACUACAACCCUCGAUAUCUAUAAUGUGAGAUACAUAAAGAUACAAUCAUCUAGAAGCCAUGACUUCUGUCUUAGAAUAGAACUUUGCGGAAAAG